CAUCUCUCUCUCUCUCUCUCUCUUCCUCUCUAGCUCUCUCUGUGAAACUCUGAAUGAAUGAGGGAAUAAAUUACAAAGGGAAAAUCGCCUAACUUAAGAAGCUUCCAGGGUGGGACUGGGGAUUCAUUUGCUCUCUCUCUCUCUCUCUCUCUCACACACAAACACGCACAGUAAAAGGGCACUCUCUUCUCGACCAAGGGAAAAGGAUAGGAACAUAUCCCAUUUGCGGCAGCGAAUGGGAUGGGAUGCAUUACUAGCGACGACAGGAGUGGUAUUUUGAAUCCAUUUCGUGGAUUGCUCUUCUCGUAAUUCAUGGUGUGGCUGCUCUUCCUCUCCAAACUAGGUGCUCUAAUGAUGCAGUAGUAGUCGGCAAGAAGAAGAAGCUGAAGCUGAAGAAGAAGAAGAAGAAGCUGAAGAAGUUGGUCGAUCGCGCCUAAGAAGAAGAAGCUCUUCAUUUUUUUUGCACUCCACCGCCACUAGGAGAUUGAUCCAUCCCGGAUAUAAUUAGAGAAGCCAGCAGGAUUUGGGAGGCUGCAAUAUCUGCAGGCGCCAUAUAUAAUUACUGAAUAUCAUGAAUUUCAUGGCCCCUAGACAACCAGGAGGAGGAGGAGGAGGAGGAGGAGGAUAUUACGAGGAAGAUUCAUCAAGAGCAACCCGCCCUUUUUUCUCAGCCGUCUUCUGCUGCUGCUGCUACUCCUCAACAUCAUCAUCAUCAGUACCAGCAGCAGAGAGACCUCCUUCUCCCUCCAUCCUACAACCACCACCAACCACGGGGACCGUGGGAUGAUAGGAGAGUCUCUUUCCGAGGCUACAGCUGUGGUGGAGCUUCCCAGCUUGAUCUCAUGGCGAUGGAUUCUUCUUCAUCGCCUACUACAAACGGCAGCAGCUGCAGCAACAUCGUUGAGGAUGCCGAUGAGCCUCGCGUGGGAGGAGGGAACACUACCAGUGCGCCGUUGAUAAUAGAGAGAGAACACAUGUUUGAUAAAGUGGUGACACCGAGCGACGUCGGCAAACUCAACAGAUUAGUCAUCCCCAAGCAGCACGCGGAGAAGUAUUUCCCUCUCGACUCCUCCACCAACGAGAAGGGACUCCUCUUGAAUUUCGAAGACAGAAAUGGGAAGCCGUGGCGAUUCAGGUACUCCUACUGGAACAGCAGCCAGAGUUACGUGAUGACCAAAGGCUGGAGCCGCUUCGUCAAGGAAAAGAAGCUCGAUGCCGGGGACAUCGUCUCCUUUCAGCGCGGAGUGGGUGAGCUGGGCAAGGAUCGAUUGUUCAUUGAUUGGAGGCGCCGACCCGACGCUCCCGAUCACCCUCAGUUGCCUCCUUCCAUGUCCACUACUACUUUUUCGCAGCUGCUUCCACAUCAUCAAUAUUCUUUCCGCCAUCCUUGGAACCAUCCUUUCUACUUGCAGCAUCAUCAGCAGCAGCAAAACCCCAGGGACCAUUACCAGUUGCUACAACUAAAUAAUGCUGCUACAGGUGUCGGUAUUAACAGCAAUCCCCAUCCAUCUCAUCCUCAUCAUCUAAGCAACAACUACGCCUACGGCAAUGUAAUGACGGGAAACCCUUGUUCCGGCCCAUUCAUUUAUCUCAGAUCCGCUGCGGCUGCAAGGCCACAUCCGGUCAAUUUGGGAAUCGGAACGGUGCAAAUGGUGCAGAAAGGAGGAGGAGGAGGAGGCAGCGUUGGGCUGAACCCGGAGGAGGUGAUGGUAGAGGAGGAUGGGAGGGGGAGGAGCAUGGUGUUUGAGUCGGUGCCACUGGUCCAAGGGAAGGCCGCAGCAAAGCGGCUGCGGCUGUUUGGAGUAAACAUGGAUUGCCCCAUCUCGGAGUCGUCGUCGGAGGAUCAGGAGGAUGAUAAUUGUGACAUACUUGUAUUACCUUCCACUGCAGUCGCUCAUCCUACAAUGCCAUCACAAUUUCCCCACUUGUGUUCAUCUCCACCUCCACCUCCGCCUGCUUCUUCUUCUUCUUCUUCUUCUUCUUCUUCUUCUUCAACCUGUCCUCUGCAGUUGAGCCAUACAAUUAUGCCAGCCGUCCACCGCUCCACACAAUGCCCUCCAACAACAAAAGCAGUAGCAGCGACAGCAAGGGCAAGGCAUCUAUGUCCUUGGAUUUGGAUAUAUACUUAGAUGGAGUGGCACCGGGACUCGGAGUGACUAAAAAUCUUCUAAGCUGCGACAUAUACGACUUGCGUGAAUGCGGCCUUGCGUCCAAAGCCACAAAUGCUAGUGCUAUAUAUGAUCAAGAAAGGAGGGAAGGAAGGAUGAGCUCUUUCAUUUGCUCCAAAUUCAUGCUGGCUGUGCGGAGACGUCCUCAAAGAAGAAAAGAAAAAGGAAAUAUGGCUGAUGUGAUCAUCAUGAGAAGCCCUCAGAAAGGUGGAAAACAAAAGAAAAAAAAAAUUUCAAUACUCGUAUUGUUAAAACAGUGGUUUUUUCAAUUUAUUGUUAUCUGCAAUACUUACAUACGGACUACUGCUGCUAGUACUCCGUUAAUUUCAACUUAAAUUAGAUUUCAUUCAACACGGAUAGGUUGCAUUACAGAUCCUUCAUGCCUCUUGUCUACCUAUAAUUUUUAUUUCUUAUCUUGCCUUGAAUGCGCUGCCACCUCCUUUUGUAGGGCUUUGAUUGCCCAACGUGUAUCGUCGCUAUAUAUAGGCUUUUUUCCCGUGGAGUAUUGCUUCCAGAAAA